GACUAUUUGAUGUUCAAUGUCUGUUUUGAAUACCAAAUGGAUGCAAAAGGCACUCAUUUCACGGAACUACCCCACUACAUUGGGAAGAACCACUCUAAUCAUUACGAUAGUACUUGUGAUCAUACCCUGCCUAACCAUAAACUUUACAUUGUCUCAUUAUCUGAACAUGAGUAUAGCUCUGACGUGGGAGAAGGCUAUAAAUGUUUGACUGGUAUUACUUCUCUCAUAUACAUUUGGUCAUAGAAGAGUGAAGAUGAAGGGCUAUAUUUUGCUGGGUUUAAUAUUUCUGCUCCCUGUCACAGUUAUUGGACAAUAUACGACACCAGAUUUGACAUUGUGUGUAGGAAUAAAGGACUUUGAAGUGUGCAGGACACAUUUACCACCUAAAUGCAGUGACAAGAGCAAAUGCUACUGUAAGGACAAUAAAGCAUUUUGUAGGUGUAACAACUACAUAAACACGUGGUACAUAGGGGAGAAUUGCGACUUUGAGUGGACCAUCUUGACCUUCGCCCUGGUAGCAACUCUACCAGGAUUGGCCCUGGCUGCUAUUGUUGGUGUGACGGUCCAGUGUGUCCAUUACUCAAGGAAACCAGCUGAGAAACAAAAGGAUCGGACAGAGGGUUACACAAAUAAUGCAAUGUCACCAACAACAUAUGAUAGAAAUAACCAAGAUGACAUGUUCACCAACACUGUGUUUGCCUCAGACAUGCCGAAUCGGCCAAAGCCCUCCAGUAUUCAGCCCACCCAGGAGAGGUUUCCCAUGGCCAACUUACCCAACAGCCCUUACAGCCCCCAACCAAACGGCAUGCAGCCCACUUUAGAUAGAUCGUCUUUGACAAACCUUACAAGCCAGCCGUACAGCCCUUCACCAAACAGUAUUCGACCCUCUUUAGAUAGAUCGUCUUUGGCCUAUCCUCCAAGCCAGCCAUACAACUAUGCUACAGGUAUGACACAGCCCCUGGGUAACCCCUAUCCCAAGUCUCCAUCGCCAAGGAACCCGUAUGAAGACAGAGCACCACCUCCAGACCGUUAUGACGACCAGCAUAUGAGACCAACACAGCCCCCACCUGGAUACAACGGCAUGAUGAGAGAAGGCAUGUCUGGGUCUCCUGUGCCCAGUUCACCUGCUCCCCUCUACUCAGCUCCGGAGUACAACCCCAGGUCCCAGUUUCCCCGAGCCCAGAUGGGGAGACUCUACUGAGGAUAAACAGAGGGACCCUGGACUGAACUAGGAAGGAAGUGGAGCUCCACCAAUUUCACUAUUACAAUGACCAAAAUAUAAUUCAUAUCUAAUUUCAAACUUUCAUUUAACAUAGCAAACAUUUUAAAUUUAAAGGCAAUGUUCCCACAUUCACAGAAAAAUUACCUUUAAAUGUUAAUCGCGCAAUAAGAUGGAUCUUCUGUGCUACGGAUUUAGUAACAGGUUUGGGGUCAAUUCCAAUUUAAUUUUAAAUUCCAAUUAAAUUCUUGAAUUCACUCAUGAAGUGGAGAAUUUACAUUGAAUUCAAUUCCAAUUUCAACAAUCUUCAAGUUAUGGAAUUUGACUGUUUUGAGUUGGAAUUGUAAAAUAAAAACGAAUCUUUGGAA